CCACAAACUACAUAAAAUGUCAGCUAAAACUCUAACCUUAACUCUAACUUGAGUAAUUAAUUUGGGCACGCCUGAUACACGCUUGAGUUCAUCAACUAAAAUUGAACCACCUUGGACAAUGUUCAAUUUUUUUAUGAUUACACGUUUAUAGGUUAUCUAGUUAGUUUAAGUGACUAGAUCGAUACCCAGGAUAAUAAUCCAGGCUAUCUUUUAAACUAAUGGUGACAGUCUGUAGUGUUAAAAUGGUUUGUGUUUUGAUUAGAUAUUUACUUUGCUGCCUCCUCUGGUUCUUGGAAUAGUUGAUCAACCUGUCAGUGUGAAAGCAUUAAUGAAUAAUCCUAAGUUGUACAAGGCAUCGCAGAGUGCAGAGCAUUAUAAUACCAAGGUAUUUUGGGCUUGGAUAAUAUUUGCUGUUGUGCACUCACUGGUUGCGUUCUGGCUUGUUGCACUGGCUAUUGCAGAUGGUGUUGCUACAUCAUGUGGUGUCAGUGUUGGCCAGUGGUUUGUGAGUGUAACUGUUUAUACGGUAAUUAUUUUGAUUGUGAACUUUAAGGCUGGUUUAAUAACUGAAGUUUGGACUUGGAUCUCACACCUUUCAAUUUGGGGUAGUAUUGCGUUAUGGUUCAUAUUUCUGUUGAUUUAUUGUCAUUUGUGGCCUGUUUUUGGUAUUGGAAUCGACCUUUUUGCUGUAGAUUGGCAAGUAUUCUCUUCUGGAGCAUUUUGGUUUGCUGUCAUGGUUGUGCCUGUCGUUGCCCUAAUUCCUGACAUUGUAAUGUUUGGAUUUCGACAGACUGUUUGGAAGACACCUGCACAGAAACUGUUUGAAGAGGAAUUGUUAAAGUCUCUUUCAGCUCGAUACACGAAGCAACAUGAUGAAACAGAAGAGGGCAUCGAACUUACCUACCUACCUCAUCCAGACUAUAGCAGUGUUUUAUCAACACGGUUGGACAAGGAUAAACAACGUGGAUAUGCAUUCUCUCAAGAAGAAAAUGGAUGCACUUCACAAAGAGAGCUUAUUCGUCAGUACGAUACAACUGAGGACAAGCCUAGUGGAAAUUGACUGCUGACAGACACAGGAAUUUACAUAAAUUAUGUUAUCUUUACUAUGCUAUAUAGUGGUUUUGUUAGUCAGUGAUUCAGUGGACACCUCAUGUCAGCAACUAGAGGUGGUCUGCCGUAGCAAACUGUUGUGGUUGCAAUUAGCUAUCCAAUGUCUCUAGAAUUUGCUGUACUACAUUGUAGUAGAGUUGGUUGUGUGAAAGAGUCUUAGAUUGAUUGUAAUAAAUUUCAAGUUUUCUCA